AUGAAAGAUAUAUGGAAUCUUCAACCCGGAACUCGUAUAGUAGUAGAUGCCAACCAAUACGGCCAGCCUAUUGGGAAGGAAGCGUCCAAAUUGGCUGAAUUUCUCGGUACAAUUGUAAGGACUGGUUCUAUCUGUCCUUUGAAUACAAAACAUUGGAAACAUCUUUCUAAAUAUGUGUUGGAAAACAUAUUGAGAAUCGUUCAUGAAAAGUUUGAUCUCCAAGGUAAGGUGGAGGACUCUGACAUCCUCUCACAUGUUGGAAAACUUCGGAAGGAGUUUAAAUCGACUUUGAAAACUAGAUACUACAAAGAGAUGGUCCAAGAAGGUCGACCGAUUGAAGAAAUAUACGAAAACAAUCCUCCUGGUGUGCAUGAUGAUCAAUGGAAGUGGCUAGUGGAGCGAUGGGGAACACCGCAAGCUGCGGCACAAUCAGAAAAGGCGAAAGAAUCCCGAACAAAGGUGCGUUACGCACACACUGCUGGUAAUAUAGGAUAUGCGACCCUCAAUGCACAAUUUGCUGAGAAGGAAGGCCGUGAACCCUCGCGUUUGGAGCAGUUUAGAUUUCAACAUUUGCGGAAAGAUGGAAGUGACAAAUUGAACAGUGAGGCAUCAGAACAAGUUUAUGAUGAAGCAUGCAAGAUGGUUAAAGACUCUAUGCCAACAUCUGAGAGUUCUUUCGCGCCUCAAGAUAAUAUUGUAUUAGAAAACGAGAUCUAUACACAAGUGUUCGGCCCUGACAAGAAUGGAAAAAUGUUGGGAUAUGGACGUGGGAUGACCAAAUCCAGGUUGUUUGGCUAUAGGUCAGUCACCCGAGGAAGCCAAUCUACACCGGCUAUCAGUACAUUGAUUGAAGAGAUGAGUGAUAAACAUGUCGAGCAAAUACAGACAAUUCAAGCCGAACAAGCAGUUCGAGAGAAAACUCUACUCGAGGAAGCAGAAUCUCGAUUUCGUAAGGAGGCUGCGGAGCGAGAAACUCGUUUGAUAGCUGAAGCAGAAGAAAGAUUUAUGAAAUUAACUGAAAUUCGAGAGGCAAAGUUCAUGGAAAUGAUGGAUGCUCGUGAGAAAAAGUAUAAGACUCUCAUAAAUGAGUGUAUGGCAAAGGGAAUGUCAAUUGAAUUUCAGAGUAGCGGACUUGAUGAUAAAACCUUCAGUUUAGAUGAUGAUGAAUAA